AUGGGCGAAGACGCUCGCGACCAAGGAGACCAAAGAGGCCAAAGAGACGCCUGGAAGGGGCUGGCUGGUCGUUUUAAGACGGCGGCCGAUGCUGUGACUGCCGAGAUGCAAGCAAUGCCGCGCGACGAGAGCCAGGUCUGUGGCCGCGGCCAAGAGGUGGUGGGCGAGCCUAAACUUGACCGAUUCGAGGCUGUCCCCCGAACCGCCGGCCGGGACCCCGACGGGAACGAUAGAGUGCCGUAG